AAUUAUAAACAAAACACCACAACCAAAGGAUACGACGUCAGAAAAAGUCUUAAAACUAAAACCAAAUCACCAGUUACAGAAGAACAAGAUCGUCUGAAAUUUAGCCUUUUUGGCCAAAUAAAUAUAUAUUUUACAUGAAUAUGGGGAUUUAGCUGUUUGUAACUGUACCGGUGUAUUGUUAUCGGAGGCUUUUCAAUUUUCAGAGCUAGAUUUGCUCAUACGAAUACAACAAACAGCAUAUAACUUUUUUUUUCUUUCAUUUUUAAAAUUACCGAAUCCAGUCAAAAGGUUGGAUAUUAAAAUCUUGUGGAAAAACACAUUUACUAUACCCAGUUAAUUAAUAAAAAAAAAAAAAAAAAACUUUUCUAUACCAUUCUGUCGUGAUUUAUAAAUUUGCGUUGACCAGUGAUGCCUCAAGACGCUCCCGUGGGACCGGACCAGCUCCCUUUAGUGAGGUCCAUAAACAGCCGAAUACCUUCCAACGUUAUAUUUUGCAACAGAAGCCCCCGUGUGGUCCGACCAGUCUGGAUCAAUUUCAACGGGCAGCCGCAUCGCUACCAAGAUCUGCCUCCUGGGUCGGGGAGAAGGAUGACAACAUACGUGGGUCACCCCUGGAUGUUCAGAGAUGCAGAAACAGAUGAGAGGCUGCUUGUGAAUGGAAGAGAGCUGUUUCUCCCAAAGGCACAGGAAAAUGCUCAGUCCGUUAUGGUGAACAUCACAUUACCAGUAUACACACUAAAAGAGAGAUGCCUUCAAGUAGUCCGUCAUCUUGUGAGGCCGGAACACUACAGAAAUUUGGAGAUAGCAAGAUCACUUCAUGAAGACCUGGAAGAUCAGCCAAGCAUUGUAAAAGACAUCCAGCGAAUAUCACGCAGAGUGGCCCAACACUUGAGAGAGGAGAGGGAAGCUGAGCUGAACUGAACUGAACAUUUGCACCAAUGCCUAUACAUCAGAAAUACACCAGGGCCCAAAAACUAUGGCGACAUUAAAAAACUACCUAAAAAAAUCCAACAACAAGCUUAGCUGGCACUUUUUUUUUUUUUUUUUUUUUUGGCACACCUUCUGAUUGACUGUCUUCAGAAGAGAGACAGACUCAAGGUGUUUAACAUGAAGGACAGAGUAUUCAAGUUGACAGUCCUAGAUUAGAAAUUUGUCAGAUUGUUGAUGCAUAAACAUACAUCGCCUAGUGUUUUAAAGUAGUUUUAGCUAACAAAAUAUGUGUAUAAAUCUUGUGCACAUUCAUUCACUAUACAGGUCUUAAAUCUGUUUUAAAAGA